AUGUUUUGUCCAAAAGCACCAGUAAGCAAUGCUUCUGAAGGCUUAGGCUUUAAAAGCGCAACUAUCAAACCGUUUUUCAAUAUUCGCUAUCAAUUCGUUCUCUGCUACCGAUUAGCGGUGUCGUGGGAGGUACCUAACAGGAGUCCAGCGGAUGGCUUUCUGACGGCACGUAGCGUUGAAAACCUUUCGUCGAUAGGAACAAACUUUGGGCUCAGGAGCGGCAGUGGACGACGUCUGCCAGAGGCACCUUCGGCGCUACCAACAACCGACAUCCCCUCAACUGGAGUACGACAGCCGGCAUUCAGCAGACAAAGGCGUGCCAGAAGAGCGCAAGCUGGUGGAUACCGAUCGCAAAGCGUUGGUCGUCUGCCGAGAGAGAUUCCACUCAACCGGAAUAACGAUGAAUUUUUGCAGCGUUCGGCUCAUAACUAUUACAGGUUGGCUAUUGCACAAUACCGAUUAUUUUUGGGAGGAAGAAUUCAAUUGGCUAAUGAUUCAACAAUCAGUUAA